UUCUUUCCGCCUAGUUUUAAACUUGUUUAGAUUAUAUCCGUCUGUCUCCGACAAGUCUGAUUAGUAUGUACUUGGAGAAGGUUGAGAGUGUUUACCUGGACCCGGAGAUAGAUCUAGAUAUAUUACAGACCAUGAGCCCUGAAACUGUACUGCGAGUAUCAGCUGUUAACGGAACUGAGUCACGUGUUCGAUUGCGCGGGUUUGCCGCGUCCAAUCUUCUAGUAGCUGCCGGCCAGUUGGCCAUCAACAAGGAUGAUGAGUUUGAGUAUGUGGUGUCGAGUAUGACGGGUAGGAUGGAGGAGAAAAGGAGGGAGGUCUCCUUGUCUCUCAUUGGCUGCUCCUGCCUUGUUGUGGUAGCAGCUGUAGCAGCAGUAUUUGCUGCUUCAAAACGAAAUCAGUAUAUCUUAAAGACUUUGGUAUAUUCUUCCCUGGACUCCUUGCGAAGGAGACGAAAAAGAGGAGAAGAAGGAGAAGGAGGAGAAGGAGGAAAGGUGGAAGCGCAGAAAGAGGGAGAUAUCAACUCCUUGAAAAGCGUGACGUCAGGGGCUUCCAAGACACCAAUAGGAAUAUAA